AUGCGAUCGAGAGUCUUCGAGACGCACGCCAUCCAUCAGAAAGUUUGUGUGUCAGCCUCAGACAGCCCUCCAGGCAAACCGAAUUUCCAGGAGCAGCGGGGGAUAUUUGUCACACCUAAUUACAAUAAUAUUGAUAACAACAACUGCAACAUCAACAAUAUGAGCAACAAUGGCAGUAGCAACAACAACAACAACAACAACAACAACAGCAACAACAGCAACAACAACAGCAACAACAACAACAGCAACAACAAUAACAAUAAAACAACAGCAACCGCAACAGCAGCUAUAACAAUAGCAACAACAAGAACAACAACAUCAACAACAGCAUCAACAACAGCAACAACAACACCAACAACAACAACAACAACAACAACAACAACAACAACAACAACAACAACAACAACAACAACAACAACAACAACAACAACAACAACAACAACAACAACAACAACAACAACAACAACAACAACAACAACAACAACAACAACAACAACAACAACAACAACAACAACAACAACAACAACAACAACAACAACAACAACAACAACAACAACAAGAACAACAACAUUAGAAGCAGCACCAGCUACACCAUAUAUAGUUAUAUUUAAUGCCUAUUACAAUAGUAUUGGCAGGGGGUUUGAGGAUGCGAUGAGAUACUAG